CCAUAUUAUCCUCAAACCCAGGAACAUAUCUCUUAUUGUUCAUAAACCACUCUCUCUCUCAGCCACACACACAUAUGGAGAUGGAAACGACUUUUGCUCCCAACUCUGAAAACGGUGCCGUUAGCUCUGCCAAAGAGCUCGACGCCGGAGUUCUGUUCGUUCUUAAAUCCCGAGGAACAUGGUUGCACUGUGGGUACCACCUGACGACGGCGAUCGUAGGGCCGGCGCUUCUAAGCCUUCCCUUUGUAUUGGCGUUGAUGGGUUGGGUCGGAGGAGUUGUGUGCCUCACCAUGGCAGCUCUGGUCACUUUCUAUUCCUACAACCUUCUGUCUAUGGUUUUGGAGCACCAUGCAAAGCUUGGAAACCGCCAGCUUCGCUUCCGGGACAUGGCACAUGAUAUUUUAGGACCAGGAUGGGGCCGAUAUUUUGUGGGCCCACUUCAGUUGGGCAUAUGCUAUGGUGCAGUUAUUGCCUGUAUACUUCUUGGAGGACAGAGCCUCAAGUUCAUUUACUUGGUCUCUAGCGCAAAUGGUACCAUGCAGCUUUCCCACUUCGUAAUUAUAUUUGGAGCCCUAAUGCUGGUAUUAGCACAGAUACCAUCCUUCCACUCUCUAAGGCACAUUAACCUGAUCUCCUUAGUUCUCUGUCUUGCUUACUCUGCCUGCACCACAGCCGGUGCCAUAUAUAUCGGAAACUCCAAUAAGGCUCCUCCAAAGGACUAUUCUAUCACCGGAGUUGGUAUAAAUCGUUUAUUUGGUGCUUUUAAUGCCAUUUCAAUCAUCGCCACCACUUAUGGAAAUGGAAUUGUCCCUGAAAUCCAGGCAACCAUAGCUCCUCCGGUAACAGGGAAAAUGUUUAAAGGACUGUUGGUAUGUUAUGCUGUUGUAAUCUCGACAUUUUUCAGCGUAGCCAUCUCCGGGUAUUGGGCAUUUGGCAAUGAAGCUCAGGCAUCAGUUCUUCAGAACUUUAUGGUUGACAGGAACCCACUGGUGCCCAAAUGGUUUCUUUUGGUGACCAAUAUCUUCACUCUUUUGCAAGUAACGGCUAUUGUUUUGACAUACCUGCAACCUACAAACAUAGUUUUUGAGCAAAAGUUUGCAGACCCGAAGAUGGAUCAAUUCUCGAUGAGAAAUGUCAUUCCACGGCUGAUUACCAGGUCGCUGUCAGUGAUCGUAGCCACAACUAUUGCAGCAAUGCUGCCUUUUUUUGGAGACAUCAUGGCGUUGUUUGGGGCAUUCGGAAUCAUUCCUCUGGAUUUCGUAGUGCCUAUGGUUUUCUACAAUGUGACAUUCAAGCCCUCCAGAAAGAGCUUGAUUUUUUGGGGAAACACGUUGAUUGCAGUUGUCUCCACCGUGUUGUCAUUAGUUGGCGCAGUGGCAUCAGUUCGUCAAAUAGUUCUUGAUGCAAAGACAUACCGGUUGUUUGCUAACAUGUAAUGAUAAAAUUGACUUACUAGAUCUAAGAAGGCAGUAGAUGAAAGUUGACACGAUAUAGAGAGAAAUCAAUUGUUCUCAACUUUAAAAUGGCACCAACUAUGAAUCUCUUGAAUUGGAAUCCAUUUUAUAUCCAACGCUUUUAAGUGUGCAACAUUUGAACA